CCUCUCUAAUACGGACACCUCUCUAAUAUGGACACCUCUCUAAUAUGGACACCUCUCUAAUAUGGACACCUCUCUAAUAUGGACACCUCUCUAAUACAGACAUUUCUCUAAUACAGACACCUCUAAUAUGGGCACCUCUCUAGUCUCUAAUACGGACACCUCUCUGGCUUUUUGGUUAUCCAGACAGCAGACAUUAAAUUUAGAGUGUUAAAAGUGAUGUCAUUUGAAAUCAGUACAAGUGUAGCAUGCCCCUCUGAAAUUGGCAUAAAAACAUUAGAAUAUUUCUUCCAUCACAAACUUUAUUUAACUGUAAAUAAACUAAGACCAUUUUCUAUUUCAGAACGGAAAGCAACCUCUAUGGAUAUAUUUACUGAAGAUCUUCCCAAUGGCGAUAUCUCAGUCCCUGUAUCAACUGACUAUAGUUCUUACUCUGGUGCUCUUAAUCCUUAUCUUUCUAUGGAGCCUAAGAUCUCAUUACCCUCAUCACAGUCAAUGCAAUAUAACAUAGGUAUAUAUAUUGUAUAUUGUUUUGGGCUCAUCCAUAAUUAUCAACAUUUUCACAAGUGUGCAAACUGUACUCAGGGAGAGAGCAUUGAUGAAAAAAGAGCUUGUGAAAAUGUUGAUAAUUGUGGAGGUUCUAUAGCCAAGGCUACAUAGUUUCUGGAGGGUCAAUUCUCACUUGAUCAAGGUUUUAUGUUGUACUCUUUACAGGAACUGUGGGUGCCAGUUCAAGUACAACAGGGUUGCCAUCUAUGGUGGAUUCUCAAUCUUAUCAAAUGGCGGGAAGAAAAACUACUAAUGUGAAAAGUUAUGCACCAACCAUAAAGUCAGAGUAUCCAGGUGGUUGAUUGCUUCUCCUGGUUUAAAGCCUGUUUACAGUAGUUUAGGUUUCCUCCUGUAGUAACACUGGAUCAAUAAGAGAUGAUCCUUACUGGACCUCUAGGAAGAACAUUUUAGAACUGAUAGAGUUAUCUAGUGCAAAUAAAGUUAGUUCAGUUUAGAUUUCCUCCUGUAGUAACACUGCAUGAUCAUUACAGGACUUCUAGGAAGAACAGUUUAGAACUAACAGAGCUAUCCAGUGCUAUAAAUAAACUUCUUCCUCUAGUAACACUGGGACAAUAAGGAUGACUCUUACGGCAGAUAAUCCCUUGCAACUCGCUCUCUAUUUAUUUAUUUAUUUGUAACAAUCUUUCACUUGUUUCUUUUCCAAAAUCACUCAGGCUUGCCCAUGAGCACAUCCUUAACAGUUGCCCCACAACUCGGUAAUCCUUAUGCUAACUCUGUUGCUGGGAUGAGUGUCAACUCUGUUGCUGGGAUGAGUGUCAACUAUGUCCCCACCUCCUCAACUAUGGCAUCAAUGUCCCACCUCGACUUGAACCCUAUGGCAAACACUCCAUCUAGCAAGCAACACGCAAGAAAAAAGUACGUUUUAAUUAUUGUACAUUUACCGAUGCUACAUGAAGAAAACCCACGACUUUGGUGGUACAGUAUAAUCAUGAGCGCAAGUGCCGCCGAGAGGGGGGGGGGCAAAUUGCCCCGGGCCCCGAGUUGCUGGGGCCCCUGAAAAAUUUUUGUUGGGCCCCAGCCUUUUUUGUGUGUUAAAUAUUUCCGCGCAAAGGACAAGAUAUCUGUUCUCUUGGGCUAAGUACCGAAUUUUGGCAUAAAAAAAAUGAGAUAAAAUCCCUCGAAAGCAAUUGCAACGUACUCGUCCGGAAAAAUUUUGCAUUCCGGAGAAAAAAUUUUACCCCUAAAAUGGUACACUGACCGAAAUUUUUUUGGCGACGGUGGGGGGGAGGUUGUUCUCCGGAAAAAAAUUUUUCCGGGAAAAAUUUUUUAGAUAGGGGCCCCUAAAAAAAAAUUUGCCCCGGGCCCCGCCAACCUCUCGGCGGCCCUGAUCAUGAGCGCAAGUGCCUUUCGCCUCUGACAUCGUGGGUUCGAUUCUCGCUACGGAGUCAAGUUACUUAUGUGAAGGGUCCGUCAACGCUCCAAUCCUGGGUUUUCUCUUGGUACUCUGGUUUCCUCCCACAGGGAAUGUGAACAGGAUGGGUUGGGAUUAGCCCCUUAAGCAGGAGUAAUACGCGCAACAAAAUCUGAUUUCAACGCAUGUUAAGUAGAAAUGUUGACAUAUGUUGCCUCGUGAUUUGUAAUAUAUGUGUGAACAUUUUCAAUUAACAUGUGUUGAAAUCAGAUUUUGUUGCAAGUUGCAACAAUUUUGUUGCUCGUAUUACUCCACAUUUAACUGUGUCUUCCACCUUAGCUGUUGUUCCAUGAUCAUGUGUCACAAAGUGGCUACCAGAGGUGCCCUUACUUAGAAAGACUUCGACUCGGUCAACUUGAGCUGCAUCCUUCGCAAUUUAGCUUAGCUCUCAGCUGCAAGUAAGGAUGAUUAGCAAAAUUGUAAUCUUAAUGUUUUAGACAAAAGACGUCUGCUGCAGCUGGUACCCCUGUAUCGACGGUCGAUCAAGUUCCCUUACAAACUGAAGUGAUAUCUCAAGCUGUUGACUGGGUUUAUGAUCCUAAUGAACCUCGAUAUUGUUUGUGUAAUCAGGUGUGUAGUUGUGUCAUCUUUUUGAGCGGGCACGCACAGGCAAAGCAAAACAUGAAUGUUGACUGAGGUUUUUUCUUUUUCACUUGUAGGUAUCCUAUGGAGAGAUGGUCGGUUGUGAUAAUCCUAACGUAAGUGUAUUUCUAAAUCAACUCGUGCUUCCAGAUUGUAUUUAUGUUAGGCAGGGGCCUAGCCAGGAUUAGCAAUCUACCCGUCCAAAAGUGCUAGGCCAAUUCUCCCCUCCCCAAAAACACUAUGUUUCCCUUGGAAUAAAUUUGAAAUCAGACCUUCUAAGGUUAACCUAGGGUUAAGCUAAUCCAGCUUUGAACAACUGGUCCCUGGAGAUAGUGUCACUGCUUGGGUCCCUAACUUCUACAGCCAUAAAUCAACGUUUUUUUAAUGAUUACGUUUUUCUUACGUGUUUGCCAAAUCUCACUUUUUCUUAUAGUGUCGGAUCGAAUGGUUCCACUACGGUUGUGUGGGAAUUACUGACCCACCCAAAGGGAAAUGGUUUUGUCCGAACUGUACUGUUCUGAUGUCUAAGAAGAAACGAAGAUGAUUGCCGCUGUUUUAAGGUGGGAGCGUUUUGAGGUCGAUCUCCCAGACCUGGAAAAAGUACAUCUAAUGUUCCUCGGUUCUUGAGUUUACCUUUUUCAAAUGUCCUCAAAAGUGCGUAAAAACAAAAGAAAAAUAUGACCGUGCGUUACACUAUGAUCAGAUUAUGUAUGCAACAACAAAUUAUACUUGACUGUAGUUAUGUUUCACGUCUCAACAGACAGAUAAGCAAGUAUGAGAUAAUGAUUGCUUAAGAUUCUCCAAAAUAACGCGAGAUAGGUCCCCGGUUAAAAUGACCGGUCACUUCAUUUUAGCUCGGUCAAAAUCUGUUUUUGACCUGUCAUUGAUACGCUUACACUAACAGUGAAACAAACUAUUAGAAAUUUGUUUCGAUACAUCAUAGUUUCAUCUUUUAAUUCAAGAUGAAAAUGUGGGCGGUCAAAAUGACCGGUGAGGUAAAAAAUGACCGGUCAAGAGUCAUUUUUGGCCGGUCAUUGUCCGUUGACCGGCCGUUAUUUUGAGCCCUGAUUCUCCUAUAACGUAUUUGUGAAAAUGUUCCUCGACUUCACGCUGAGGCAAAUCAUCCUUAAGAUCCCACUUUUCUCCAGGGGUCGGUUGUAUAAAACUCUUAAUCACUUUUUUAAUCACUAUUUUGUAGUUAAAUAGUGAUUAACUCUCGCCCUUCUUAUUGGAUGACGUUUGCACUUAACCAUAGUUAACUUUAAUCACUUUUUUAUACAACCGGCCCCAGGUCUGCGGUGGAUCUCCCAUACCUAGAGAAAGCACGGCUAAGGCCAAGCCUUGCUGUGUAAACACGACUUUAGUAACAUAACACGAGACCCAUGGAUCUGAAUAGCAGGCUCCGUAGUCUGUACUGAUACAGAGAAUAAUCUUGAAUGCCCUGUGCCAUUGUAGGUAGUGGCAAUAAUAACAAGCUUUCGUUAGUAGGGAUACAACUACCUGAAAAAUACAAGGAUAAUUUCGACGUUUCGAGCGAAGGCUCUUGACUAACCUCCUUCGAAUUUCACCCUGUAUUUUUCAAAUAGUUGCAUCUCUACCAACGAAAGCUUGAUGUUGAUGUAGAGAAUGAUACCCGUUUAAAAUUGUUAUACUCAGAAAUCCGCAAUUAUGCGUGAUAUAAAUAAUAUCAUAGUUCAUAUAGUAAAGACAAACUCCUAGCCCAGCACCUAUACGCGCUUUACCUGGCCUGGGUCCAGCAACUGCCCACUUUUUCAAGCGAAAUAUGCAUUCUGGUGGGUUUUUCGAAACUCAAUUUUCUUUCGAAUGAACACUGUAUAAAUAACUCUGGCUGGUUUAUCAGAGUUUUAUUGAAUUGCAGGACGAUGUGAUAAUAUAAUUUAUUUAUAUAAAUAAACUAUAUAUACUGUGUACAAUGUAUAUAAUAAAAUAGUAUGGAUUUCAAUAAAUAGUCAAAAUGUCUGGAAAAAAAAUUGGGAAGGUUCAACCACUGUUGAAAACUAUUUCAUUUGGUUUUCUGAUACAGUCUUCUAUUCACAGUGUCUACUGUUCUAAUCUCCGUUUCUGUAACCUUUCUUUUUUAAGUUUCCUUUUUGCAAGUAACUUUUUUCUGUUUUCGAAUUCUUUGUUGGAACAUUUCCUGUGUGUUCUUGUCAGUUUAAUUCGUUUCUUUUGUGCUAUUCCUUGCACUUUCUUACCUGUAUCCGUAGUGCAUUGACGUUUUCGUUUCGUGGAGUCUAUUUCAGUGUUCGUAUUAAUACGAUCAUCCCUUUCUUCUGCGUGUGAUUCUUUAGUAUUUACACUAGAAACGUGUUGUUUCUUUCGUAAUCUUGAUUUCAUUUCAUUGUGAUUAAUGUCUCUCUGUAUUCCGUUUCCUUUGUGGUUCGCAACCUCAACUGUUCCUGUUGAAUUUCUUGCUUCAAACAGCGCCAGAAAAAACCCACUCGUAGAACCUUCUUUUGGAGAGGCACGCACACAAUUCGAUGCUGAAAAUAAAUUGAAAAUGAUUCACUAUGUCACAAUGAUUUCUAGUUUAGCCCAGGAUUUAGAUACCUUGAGGAAACACAGCAUGUCCUCUGUGUGGCCAGUCAGGUAAUGCCUUCUUUAAUUCAAACUUUUCAUGGAAUUUUUCCAAACAUUUCACGAUCACCUCCUCGUUU